AUGGCUUCAAUUGAACAGGAUGAUAUUUUCAAUGUAGAAGAUGAUGAAAUGGAGGAGGAGUAUCAACAAGAAGAUGAAGAGGAACAACAAAGACAAUCUUAUAAUAUGCAAGAGGAAGAGGAUGAAGAUCAAGAUAUGAAUGAACAAGAUCAAGAUCAAAUGGAUGAAGAUGAUGAUGAAGGAGAUGAAGAUGGGGAUGAAGAUGGAGAGAAUGAAGACGGGGAUGAAGACGGCGACGAGGAUGGAGGUGAAGAUGACGAGGAAGAGGAAGGGCAAGAAGAAGAUGAUGAAGAGGAAAUGAAUGAUGUAUCAAUGGAUAGUAAAAAUACGUCUAAUGAUGGAGAAGAGAACAAUUCAAAUACAAAUAAUAUUGAAAAGGAGCAAAGUGAAAAAGUUCCCAAUAACGAAUCAAUUUUGGAGGAAAAGGAAAGAAAUGGAGGUAAUGAUAAUGAUAAUAAAAACAAUAAUAAGCAUAAUAAAGAAACUAAUGAAAAUGAAAUUCUACCGAGAGAUGAUACUGAAGCCACCAAAACUUCUGAAGAACAACAGAAACGAACAGAAGAACUAUUAGAUGAAAUACGGAAAUCAGAAACAAACAUAUCAUUUCGAGAUCAAGUUAUAGCAAAAGCACGUAAAGCAACAGAAUAUGAUAUAAUACCACAAGUAGCAAUACCAUAUACAUCUCAAUGUCAUGCAUUAGCUUUUACUGAAGGACCUAAAUGGAUUUUAACUGGUGGUGAAGAUGGAUUUAUUAGAAAAUAUGAUUUUAUACUGUCAAUUCAAGGAAAAUCACCUUUAACAAUGGCUCAAAAACAUAAUUUAUCUGAUUCUUUAACUAAUGCAGGAGUUAUUGUUUCAUAUUGGGAAAAUGAACAACCAUUAACAAGAAAAGAAUUAAUGACAAUAAAUCCAAAAUUAAAAGAUUCUGAUUUUUCAACAGGAAGUGUUUCUUAUGAACCAAAAAUAAAUCCAAUUUAUGCAUUAGAAGCUGAAAAAAAUGGAUAUUGGUGUUUACUGGGAUUAUUAAGUGGUGGAAUUAGCUUGUAUACUAUGAGAUAUAAUGAAGGUACAAUACAUCAUUAUUUUAAUCAUGGUAAAACAAAUCAAAAAGAUCAAGCAAAGAGUAAAAAAAUAAAGGGACAUACUGAUGCAAUAAGUGCUUUAAAAUUAAAUCAAGAUCAAAAUAAAUUUUUAAGUGGAUCAUGGGAUAAAACUAUAAAAGAAUGGGAUUUAAAUACUGGAAAAAUAACAAAUGAAUUUCAACCUUGUUCUGGACAAAUUUCUCAAAUUCAAUUUAGACCAGAUGGAUUAAGUGAUGUAACAUUCCAAUUUGAAAAUGAAAUUGAUGGUCCUGAAACUGAUGCAAAUGAUGAAGAAUUAUUUGGCAACGAUGACGAUGAUUCACUAUCAAAAGAGGAUGAUCAACGUAAAAAUAAAGAAUCACAAUCAAAUGGAGCUUCCUUAAUAAAUCCAUCAACAUCAAAAAAUCAUCUUAAUUCAAAUAUAUUCAUGAGUUCAAGUAUAGACGGAACAAUAAAUAUUUGGGAUAUAAGAUUAUCACAACCAGUUAUAAAAUUAGGAAUAAGUGAAGGUAUACCACCAUGGUGUAUGUCAUCAACUUGGUCAAAUAAUGGAGAAUUUAUCUAUGCUGGACGUAGAAAUUCAACAAUUGAAGAAAUUUCAAUUAAAAUGCCUCAUAAAUUACAUAACACUUCUUCUAAUUCAACUUAUAUUCCAAAUGUUUCAAAAUUAUUAACAUUUCCCAAGAUAAGUGGGCCCGUUAGUUGUAUAAGUACAUUACCAAAUAAUGAUUUUUUAUUAUGUGGAUCAAAUGAUAAUAUAAGAUUAUAUAAUUUAAAAUUAUAUAAUGAUUUAAAUAAUUUAACUGUUAAUACAAAAAAACAAGCAACUCCAUUUUUAAUUGUACCUGGUCAUCAUGGUGGUAUGUUAAGUCAAUUAUAUGUUGAUGAAACUGGUAGAUUUAUGGUUAGUGCUUGUGGUUAUAGAGGUUGGGGACAUGGAAAUUAUACUGAUACUGUUUUAAUUUAUGAAAUUGAUUUUGAUUAA